UCCCUCCUCAAGCUUAUCUCAUUUCUGCACGGGCUUCAACGAAACAGGGUCUUCACACCUUAUCAGUUUUGUCGUUACAUUCUUGGCCCGAGUAGUCAGCCCGUUAGCCAUGUAAGGGUAAGUGAAGAAUGGAAGCAGCAGACCCUCCAUGCUUUAUAAGGACCCCGCCAAGUAUGCUAUGUGCACAAAGACCGUGAUGGUUCGAGAACCUGCGUUUGGCGCAAUGGAAUCACUGACUUCUUCCAGUCGCAGAUCCUCCUCAUCCUGUCGCUCAUCUGCUCGUUACAGCACCUCCAGUUGCUUCCGGUCAGAGAGCUCAUGCGACAACCUGGAUUCCCUUCUUCCGACUUUCCUCGACUCCCAAGAUUCUACCGGUCUGUUUCGGGAAGAGUGCCAUGCUGGUCCCAACUGCCAGGACCCAUUCGGCAAGCACAGCCGAUGCUCCUUCGGACACAGCACUCCAGUGGGUGGCGCUGUACCGAGUGGUCCAAGCAGUGCUGCCUGUGGCAGUGUGCAAUGUGUGGGAGACAGUUACUACGUGUCAGCUGACGUCAGCCAGUUUGAGCCACAUGACGUCGUGGUGAUGGCCUAUGACCGCCAUGUUGUCAUUCAUGCUGAGAAGGUCAUGGAUGACGGCAGCGUCAGGGACACGUUUACCCAUAAGUCCUUGUUUCCAAAGGACAUGAACCCCCUUUCUGUGUGUGGGACCAUACACCAUGAUGGAAUCUUGGUUGUCAGCGUCCACCGUAGCAAAGGUGCAGAUGGCCAGGAGUCUGCGGAAGUCCCUCUCUAG